GUUCUAAAAACCCGUCAAAAAAAAAAAAAAUCAUUAGCGAGAGGGGGGGGAAAAAAAGGGAAGAAAAAAGAGUUAUCUUCUUUAUUUUCUAGUACUAGUAUAUUGAAGGAACUGGUGCUUCGAGCUUUCAGCUUCUCCUAUUUAAUUCGGGUCGGUUUGCGUAUAAUUGCUCAAUUUUUCAUUCGAAUUUGGGGAAGGAUUGAACUAGAGGUGCUAUUUGGAGGCAAAUUGGGAUAAAUUGACAAUUCUAGGGUUUGCUAUUUUGAGAAUUACAGCUGCUCCUUGUUGAAUUUUCAUCUGUAUUUCAUCGAAUUGCUUAGGAUUGGUGUAAUUGGGCGUUGCCAUUUGGGAUCGGCAGCUUAUUAAGCAAAGGUGCAACUGUUGGAGAGAGUCAAGCUUGUAUUCCUGCCAACAAAGGAUUGUUCCUAAUUCAUCAUCAGAGUUCCUUGAGCAAGUAUGAUCGGAGCACGAGGAGAUAUUUCAGCACGCCCAUUUAGCCUCCAUCUUAAUAAACAAAGUCUCCAUCGGUCCAUCCUACGAUAAUUCUCUUCACUCUUCUUUUUUCCUUCAAAAUUGUCCUGAACCAGCACAAUAGCAAAAGAGAGCAGAAAAUUUCUCAGAUGGUCAUUUAGCUAACUCUCCCUCCGUUUCAACUAGUUUGUCUGGUUUUGACUUGGCACAAAGUUUAAGAAAGUAAAGAAGACUUUUGAAUCUUGUGGUCUUAAAUUAAACAUACGUAGAAUGUAUCAAAAUGUCCUUUUUUGUGGGAAUACAUUGGGUAUGGUGGUGGUGUUGACAAUGUAUCAAAAUAUCCUUUAAUCUUGAGGUUUUAAAUAUGCCAUGUGGACAGUUAGACUUAAAGAGUUUCCAAAAAAUGAAAGAAACAUUCGUUAUGAAACCAACCAAAAAGGAAAGUAAGACGAACAAAUUGAAACAGAGGAAGUAGUUAUUCUCUCAUAAAGUCACUUUGUUUGUUGGGAAAAAAUGGAAUCAAGUGAUAGAUGACUUUCUGGGAUAAUAACUAUCAGUCUAGUGAUCAUAUUAGAAAUCAAUCCGAACUAAAUGAUUGUUAGCAGUUUCCAGCAGCUUGACCUUCAGUUGCUGUCAAUAGCAAAAGCUUGAAAUUUUGAUUCAAGCCUCUCAUUGUUGAUUUUUUUGAUUGUGUGUCCCAGUUGAUAUUUAGAAGCUCCAGCUCCAGUGUUAAUUUGCAAUGAAAGCUCAAAGAUCAAAUAAAUAACACGAGAGAAAAUGAAAUUUGACAACAAAAUUGAACAAAAAAAGUAGUGAAGGGAGAGAAAAAUUUAAUAAGGGAACGUAGUCAAACGUGCUCAAUUGAUAGCAUUCGUGCACAACAUACCUGUGCGGAUAAGGAUUUAAAGAUUGAGGUUGUAACUACCUCUCAGCAUACUGACGUCACAUGGGACAACUAGCAAUGAGUUUAUAAGAGGAAAGAUGAAAUUUUAUUAACUGGGACUGAACCAUAAAACUUAAAGUUUCUGAAUUGAACUUUAUUUUGAAAUUGUUGUGACAGACUAAUGGCUACAUUCUACCCUUGGAGCUCUUAGUAUAUAUUCUAGGAAUUCCUGUCAAUCAAACUCUUUUUGUUUUUUUAUGGCCAGUGUAAGGAUUGACUUCCUGAGAACAUCUCUUCUUUUGUGAUAGGUUAGAGAAAAUCCGUUUUGCUGAGGUCAAGUAGUACCUAUUCUGCAGUCUGAAGGAUGGCCAGGAAAGAUAAGUUGCGUGGAGGUAGUUCUGCUGGUUUUGCCACUAAUUAUGGAUCGGAGGGCUCUGGAAGUUCAGGGAGAUUCGAUGCGAGAGUUGCUGUUUCAGGACAUUCAGCUACUCCUCAGCAGAGAUGGAUAAAUAUAAAUUCUUCCUCACAUGAUGGCUUUGCUGUGCCCAUCCAAGUUAUACCGUUAUCCACGCUGUCACCAUCAGAGAGGAAAAACUUGGUUCUGCAGUUGAGAUCUGAUCUUGAACAAACUAGAAUUCUUCAGAAGAAAGUUGAGUUUUAUCGGACAAGUGUAGUUGCAGUUUCAUCUUCCAGUGAUAUUGUUAGCUGUAGCCAUGCACAGAAAGGGCUCCCUUUAGCAAGCAAGAAGAAAUCUGCAGGAAACCCCAGGUUUGGAAAAAAGUCAAAGCCUCUUGCUCAGAAAAAAGGGGGUUUGAGCAGGGAGUUGUCAGGCAGGUUUAAAUCUGUUAAGCCUGGGUCAGUACCCUCCAGUUCAAAUGCAACAUUGAUGAAACAGUGUGAGAACUUGUUGAAAAAGUUGAUGUCACAUCAGCAUGGUCCUGUGUUUAAUACACCUGUUGACAUAGUUAAGUUAAAUAUUCCAGACUAUUUCACUGUCAUUAAACACCCAAUGGAUUUGGGAACAAUAAAGAAGAGGCUGACUUCAGGUGCUUACUUGAGUCCACUGGAGUUUCUUGCUGAUGUGAGACUGACGUUUUCUAAUGCCUUGACCUACAACCCCCCUGGUAAUAUGGUCAAUGCCAUGGCUAAUGAGAUGAGCAAAUUUUUUGAACUGAGAUGGAAAACAAUUGAGAAAAAGCUGCCUGCAAACCAUGCUGAAUCAGUGGAAGAAAAAUCAGGCUUGCAUGAAGAAAAUGAAACUGCUUCAAAGAAGAGGAAACUUUCUCCAACACAGCAUGUAGUUAUGCCAGAACCUCCUAAAUGCAAGAUGACCGACGAAGAGAAACAUAAACUAGGUAGUGAACUAGAAGCUUCACUUGGUGAUCUGCCCGACAACAUCAUUGAUUUUUUGAAGGAACAGAGUUCAAAUGGAACAGCAGCUGGUGAAGAUGAGAUUGAGAUUGACAUCUAUGUUCUCUCUGAUGAUACUUUGUUCAAGUUACGGGAGCUUCUAAAUAAGUUUUUGCAAGAGAAACAAAAAGGCAAUGCAAAAGCUGAACCUUGUGAGAUAGAGCUGCCAAAUGAAUUAGGGCUUAGUAAUUCAUCCAUGCACCUAGAAGGAGAUAAUGACCAUGUUGAUGAGGAGGUUGAUAUUGGUGGAAAUGAGCCUCCUGUCUCAAGUUAUCCUUCAAUUGAGAUUACAAAAGAUAAAGAUCCUAAAAGAGAUGAACGUACAAGUACAGGGGGUCCUAAUGAUUCAGAUUCUAGUAGCUCUUCUGAUGAUGAGUCUGAGGCUCAAAGAACAUCUAAUCAAGCUGAGCAGGAUCACAGAUCACCAGCAAAGGCUGAUGGAAAGGAAGCUGUCAAUAGUUUAGCUGAUGGAAAUCAGUCUAUCAGUGGCGCGGACCAGCUGGAGCAAAGUUCUCAGCAAAUGCCACUCUCUAUUGAGUCAGAAGCAUAUCAAGAUGGGGAGAGUGAGCUCAGUGAGAGGAGGGUCUCCCCUGGAAAGCUCUAUAGGGCUGCUGUCCUGAAGAACAGAUUUGCGGAUACAAUUUUAAAAGCUCGAGAGAAGACACUUGUUGAGGUCGAGAAGGGCGAUCCGGAGAAACUUCGUCGUGAAAGGGAACAAAUUGAGAUACAGAGGAGGAAAGCGAAAGCUAAGCUGCAAGCAGAAGCCAAAGCUGCUGAAGAAGCUCAAAGACGUGCAGAAGUGGAAGCUGCAGCUGAGGCUAAGAGGAGGAGAGAGCGCGAUAGAGAAGCAGCAAGACAGGCAUUACUCCAGAUGGAAAAGACUGUAGACAUUAAUGAGAAUUCAAAGUUCCUCGAGGAUUUGGAGAUGCUGACUGCUGCUCCUACUGAGCAAUUACAUAGCUCGGUAGACGAGACCAGUCCGGACCAUUCCCAGGAUGGGUUAGGUAGUUUCAAAUUUGGAGACAGUAAUCCUUUGGAGCAACUGGGGUUGUUCAUGAAGGUGGAUGAUGAUGAGGAAGAAUGUGAACCGGCUACUAUCCCAAGUGAUCCUGUUGAUGUUGAGGAAGGUGAAAUUGAUUAAGCUACUACCCUCUGCCACUAUUGCUGUAUCAUAGUUUGCAGAAUUCUGUAAUAGGUUUAACAUGAAUUCUCAUCCAUACUGUGAAAGCCCCCCCCCCC